ACAGUUUCGUUGACUGUCUGGCUUAAUCCAUUUGAAAAAUACUUACAAAAUUUUGUAAUUUUUGACGCUAACAUUAUGCGCGAUUAUAUUCCCAACUUUAUACGUUCGCAUCGCUGCCUCUGCGUAUUCAUCAUGCUGCAACUGACAUUGAUGCUGUCUAUGUUGGAGGUUAUAAUCCAAGUUGACCCAUCGCCGGAGCCUCAGCGACCUCUGACCCGAGUUUACCUAGUGGGCAAGUUGAGUCAGCUGGCCUGCAGUCCACUGCUCUCCGGAUUCGCAAUGGGUGCCCAGUUCUACGGAUACGGUCUGAUCCACCUCCGCACCAAGGGACCCCUCGGCGGAUUCCUCUCCAGACUCCGGAUGGCUGCUCUGUCCGUGUGGCAGCAGUGCAGUACAGUGAUGCUUCUGCCCUGGUGCUUGAAUGUCGUCCAGGGACUCUGCCUCUUUCCCGCUCACCUGUGGGAGUGCCUGGGCAAGGACUCCUGUCUGGAGGCCGACCACUUUCUGCUGUUCAUGAUCCUGUCGAUCCUGUUCUGGAGCAACCUGCUGAUCCUGGCCAUCACCAGUCUCGUUGUCGCAGUGAAGCUCAACCUACGGAUGUUAGGUGCCCGGCACAUUGGAAGCAGGAAUCACGAAUUGCGAGCCUAUGCCCAGGGCAUCAACGAACUACUCGGCUUUGAAAUGAUAGUUGUGCCCGUGUGAUGGCUACAUCUAGCAACUGUGUUAUCUAAAAAAGUACUCUUAAUAUUAUAUAUUUUGUUACUAAAUUUAAAAUUGAAAUUAAAAUAUUACA